GACUGUAAAAGGGCUGUUUUAUUGAUUGUAUGAAUUCUCCAUUUCGAAAUAUGUAUUUUUAAAAACAAAAAUAAAUAAAUAUUGUCUGCAAUGGCUAGUGAAGGAGUGAAAGUGAGCCCAGUUGAGACUGUUGAGUCACUUCUACGUGAAACUGAAGUAUUAAAAGCAAAGCUUGAAGAAGAGCGACAAAAAUUAAAUGAUGUUACAUUAGCACAAGUAGCAGAACGUUUAGAAGUGAUAAACUACAUGAACAUCAAACCACGUAAAAUUUUAAAAGGUCACCAAGCCAAAGUUUUAUGUUCGGAUUGGUCACCAGAUAAACGACACAUUGUUUCAUCCUCUCAGGAUGGAAAAAUGAUUAUUUGGGAUGCUUUUACUACAAAUAAAGAACAUGCCGUUACUAUGCCUACAACAUGGGUCAUGGCAUGCGCUUAUGCCCCUUCAGGAACUUUGGUAGCUUGUGGGGGAUUGGAUAAUAAAGUAACAGUUUAUCCAUUAAGUCUUGAAGAAGAUGUUAGUGUUAAAAAGAAAACAGUGGGCACCCAUACAAGUUACAUGUCUUGUUGUACUUUUCCAAAUUCGGAUCAACAGAUUUUAACAGGAAGUGGCGAUUCGACAUGUGCAUUAUGGGAUGUGGAAUCUGGUCAACUAUUACAAAACUUCCAUGGUCAUACUGCAGAUGUAAUGUCUAUAGAUUUAGCACCAUCAGAGUUUGGAAACACAUUCGUUUCUGGGAGUUGUGAUAAAAUGGUUUUAAUUUGGGAUAUGCGUUCAGGACAAUGUGUUCAAUCAUUUGAAGGACAUCAGUCGGAUAUUAAUAGUGUGAAAUUUCAUCCGAGUGGGGAUUGUGUUGCUACAGGAAGUGAUGAUUCAACUUGUCGUUUAUUCGAUUUGCGUGCUGAUAAAGAAGUCGCAGUUUACAGUAAAGAAAGUAUUAUAUUUGGAGUGAACUCUGUAGAUUUUUCAGUUAGCGGGCGAUUAUUAUUUGCCGGUUAUAACGAUUAUACAGUCAAUGUUUGGGAUACAUUAAAAUGUGUACGUGUUUGUUUAUUAUAUGGUCAUGAAAAUCGAGUUUCAUGUCUUCAAGUAUCACCUGAUGGAACAGCUUUAUCGACGGGAAGUUGGGAUUUCACUUUAAGAGUAUGGGCUUAAAAAAGUUCUCGGAGUGAUAUUUUU